GGGCAGCACAUACAAAAACAUGGUGAUGGAUGGAUGAUGUGCUAUAUGUUUCUCAUUAUUUCAUUCAGAUCAUCGGAUCGUGGAAAUCCUUUGUGUGUCGUGAACUUGGAUGUUUAGGUUUUCAGUGGAAUUGAUUUCUUCCUGUCAAAUCCAAUGGGUGUACCAUCCAGUGCCAAUCCAAUCAGAAACCAGCUUUCUUCUUACUCCCACCUUGUCAGCUAAUUUCUUGUAUUAUUUUUUAACCUCAUGCACUACAAUGCAGCCAAGGAAAAUGGAGCAUGUGCGAGGCUGAGCUAUCGUCCAUUCUACACAAAAUACCCAGUUGUUGAAGCCGGAUUUACAGUCUGAUGAUAUAUUUGGCUUACGCUUGUAUUAAACACCACAUGUUUUCCUUCGUUUUGUAAACUAUGUGCAUAUCCACAAAUACCGAUUUUGCUCUCCGUUCAAUUACUAUCAAAGAACUUCCGAUUGAGAAUUCUUUGACCUGCAGUGAAUUGAUCGGUGGAGAAUGCUUAUGAGUGACGGCCUCGGAGGAUGCUUGUAAACAGGAUGGAGUUUGCAGCCCGCAAAGAACCAUCGACAAUGCGUCCUUCGGCUCAGCUAUCAUUUGCUCGUUGGCUGAGUAGGAACAAGUUUUUAUCACGGUUGAUAACAAUUCUUUUAGUGAUUUUAAUAGUGUUACCUCUACUUACUCAUUAUUACCUAACAAACUCAGAUGCAAUUUCCUACGGCCCAUUCUCUUUAACUAGUUGUGACAGUGUUGUUUCUUUGGAACCAAGUGACCUUAAAACACACUUGGAAGAGCUAUGCCGAAUACGCAUUUCAGUGUCAAAUGAAUUACGUGAGAUGGAGAAUCGUCGGCAAUCCAUGAAUGCUGAAAUGAAUGCGUUAUAUGAAGAAAAGGAAUCAAUGCAUUCUGUUCUUCAACAUUCACGGACAGAACUAGAAAGUUUGCGAUUGCAGGUAAAAAAUAUGAGAAAAGAGAAAGAAGAGGUCGCGUUACAAGCAAUAUCUCAUAUAGUUGCACCGAAGCGAAUUCUCCCAGAUCUAGCAGAUAACGUUGAAAUAGCACCACCGGGCUCAAGCAAACGCUGUCGCCAAUACAAUUGUUUUGAUUACUCGCGAUGUUCUGUGACAUCUCAUUUUCCUGUUUACUUCUAUAAACCUACAAGUCAUGCAAUUUCGGAAUCAAUGGAUCCAACUAUAAGAACGUCUCUGAUGCAUGUCAUGGCAAUUAAUCCAUAUAUUGCCUUUGAUGCUGAUAUGGCAUGUGUUUUUGUAGUUGCUAUGGGAGAUACAACAGGUGUGAAUGGCUUGGACAUUGCAUCAAAACUAGAAUCAAGUUUGCAUAAAUUAAAAUAUUGGAAUGGCGAUGGCCGCAAUCAUGUUCUUUUAAAUCUACAGAGGCACGAGUCUCUUUCGAAUAAUUUUAAAAAUAUAAACACAGGACGUGCGAUGAUCAUUCAAACAAAUUUCGAAAUUGAUCAGUUUCGAGCUGGAUUUGACAUUGUUGCGCCGAUGCUCUUAAAUUUAGUCUCAAAGUUUGAUUGGACAGAGACACCCUCUCAAGUGCCUGCCCGCAGAACGUUCUUUCUUACAUUCCAAGGGCGACGUUUCGCAAAUGUUGCACCCGCUGAGGACACGAUAGCGUUUGUUAAUUUAGAACAAAAUGCCGGUAAUGGCAAGCAGGUCAAAUCUGAUUUGACCUUAACUCACGAAGAGGCAGAGGAGAUUUUAUUUAUUACAGAGGAACUUGAAAAAUUAAAAAACAUAAAUGAAGAUAAAUUUUAUAUAGAUUUCAUAUGUAAAAAAUCUAAUUUUGGAUCUCAAGAAAUACAGAAUGUAGAGUGGGGUCUGUGUGGCGACCAUACUGAUCGUGCUGCUAUUUUACAACAGUCUACGUUUGCUUUGAUACUUGCUAAUAACGAUUCUGUCGCAUUUUCAACUCAUCUCUAUAAGCGUCUUUAUGAAGCAUUACGGUAUGGUGCAAUACCAGUGAUUUUGGGUGAACAAACACAACUUCCUUUUGGUGAAUUUAUUUCUUGGAAAAAAUGUGUUAUCAUUUUACCCAAAUCUCGCAUUACAGAACUAUAUUUCUUCCUCAAAACUUUUUCUGAUAAGGAUAUACUAGCCAUGCGCCGCCAGGGUUGGUUUGUUUGGUCAACAUAUUUGUCUUCAACCGAAGCAAUAACUGAUGCCAUUUUAGCUACGUUAAGGACUAGAAUCUCCAUUCCAGCAAGUAUUCUACCGAGUGAACCAUCACCUAAUGUUUUUCCCUCUGGCAGCCCCAAGAAGCAGGAGAUAAUAAGGAUGGCGGUUGACCCUGAGGAAUUGCUAGGCCCUCUUGAGCCUCCAUUAGCUUCGCCAAAGUAUCUUCGUAACUUCACAACAACAAUUAUGGACCAGGAGCAUAUCUGGAAUAAUCCUCCUGGACCUGAAUAUUUAUUUCCUUUUUUGCCAAAUGAUCCAUUAGUUCCUACUGAUGCACGAUUCAUUGGUUCUGAGCAGGGAUUUCGGCCUGUUGGAGGAGGUGCUGGAGGAGCAGGGAAGGAAUUUCAAGAGGAAAUUGGUGGGAAUGUCCCUAGGGAACAGUUUACAAUUGUGAUGUUAACAUAUGAAAGGGAAAAAGUUUUGAUGACAGCCUUGGAGAGGCUUGUUGGCCUGCCAUAUUUAAAUAAGGUUGUUGUAGUAUGGAACUCCCCGGAACCUCCAUCCGAUGACCUACUUUGGCCUCAGAUCCAUGUACCCAUCAAGGUAAUCAAGACAAAGAAAAAUAGUUUAAAUAACCGUUUUCUACCAUAUGAUGAAAUUGACACAGAGGCAAUUUUAUCUAUUGAUGAUGAUGCUCAUCUUCGACAUGAUGAGAUGCUGUUUGGUUUUAGGGUUUGGCGGGAAGCUCGGGAUCGCAUAGUUGGGUUCCCUGGCCGAUUCCAUGCAUGGGACCUGGUCAACAAAGAUGGUUUUCUUUACAACUCUAAUUAUUCGUGUGAAUUGUCUAUGGUGCUAACAGGAGCUGCUUUCUUUCAUAAGUAUUAUUCAUAUGUAUACAGCUACAUAAUGCCAAAAGUUAUUCGCGACAAGGUUGAUGAGUAUAUGAACUGUGAGGACAUCGCCAUGAACUUCCUUGUUUCCCACAUUACCCGCAAGCCCCCAAUUAAGGUUACUUCAAGGUGGACGUUCCGUUGCCCAGGUUGUCCAGAUGCUCUCUCCUUGGAAGAUUCUCAUUUCAACGAACGGCAUAAAUGCAUCCAGUUCUUCACUAAAGUGUUUGGCUAUACACCACUUCUAAACACACAGUUUCGUGUUGACUCAGUGCUGUUUAAGACCAGGAUACCUCAUGACAAACAGAAAUGUUUUAAAUAUAUAUGAACCACUUGGUGCUGAUAUAUAAAUACCAAUGUAAACUCAAAUAUAAAGAUGCAGUCUAUUAAGGCUGAAAAAAUAAGAGAAAUCCAUUUAGGACUGAGGCCAACCCCUAUUAUGGUGACAGUUUCUCUAGUCCUGAUGGUGUCUCCCUAAUAUCUGUGCUGUACAUGGGGCCUAUAUAUUGACUGUGCUAUGUAGCAAUUUUACACAUUAAUGUUGUCCAAAUUUAGCUUUCAGUUGUAUUCAGCCUACAGCAUUGUUGUUUUCAGUAUCUUACUUUACAUAUAUAUAUAUAUUAUGUUAUAUACUUUUUUAAGGAAUGUGAGAAUAAGAAGAAUAAUUGUUGAUUCCCUCCUACUUUUCCCCACCUAAAUAAUAACAUCUAAUCUAGUCUCAAAAGUGAUACUUUUUGCUUUCUUACUGUUUUAUGUAUUAUAGCUUGUCAUAUUAUCUGUCCAAAUAAUUUAGGCUAAUUUUUAGGUGUCUUGGUGUGGAGACAGUGAAAUUAUGAAAACCUAGGUCACAUAGUAGUUUAAAAGUCAGUCAUUGGCUAAUUAUCUGAGUAUUUUUUUUACCUAAUGCUUUUAUUAUAAAUGUCUAUUCUAUUAAAUCUUUCUAUAUGAAGUUUAUUAGGUUUGUAGCUUUAAUUUGUUUUUUUUUCAUUGCAAAUUUAUAAAAACGAGUGGUUCUGCCAUAUUUUGAGAGAAAUUAGAUCUUUUAAUAUUGACAUGACUUUUCAUGUUGUAAUUAUAAGAUGUAUUUUUCAAUAUGUAACAAAUAAUGAAAUGCUAACAAUUGUGUGUACUUUGUUCACAAGUUUACUUUGCUUUAAAACAAUAAUAUAGACAAUAAUGUAUAUGAUAAAGACCAACAAUGCUUAAAGGAAUACUAUAGUAUUUUUUUUAUCAGCAAAUUCAUAAACAUACACUAAGCUAAUAUAAUUUAUUUUUAUUUUGUCAGGUUGCUUUAUGUUAAAGAGAGAAUAGUUCAAAGUAACUUUGUAAAAUGACUUAAAAUAUGAUGAUGUUGAAAAUGUAUUAUAGAUGAAUAUAGUAAUUAUAGAUUUUCCUUUUUAUGGAAAUCUCUGAAGAGAAUUUGUAAUCUUUUAAUUUAGCUUUUCUAAGAUUUUAUAUUUAUUUAAAACAUUAUUUAACACAUGCCGUUCAUCCUCAUGUAUUCUUACCUCAAAAUUAACACCUCCCUCAUCUUCAGUUUAACUUUAUUAAAAAUAAAUAGUUGGUACAUAAUAUUAUGCAACUGUUGAUUGCUCCAAAACUAUUCUUAAAUUUGUUGGAGCGUUCCAUAUUUAUAAUACUGGGUAAGUUUUUCUGCAUUCCUUUUAUGACUUUUUGUCAAUGCUGUAUUUUGGUCUUUCAAAGUUUGACUUCCAGAUUGUGGUUUAAUAGGAAGAUGAUGAGGUAAAGUCAAAGGUGCAGCUCUGAGCUUAGCUCAGAGUGGCCACCUUUCUGUCCUUGGUUUUUGAGCAAGAUUUUGAUAACAAUAGUCAGAAAAAAACAAUAUUGGCAACAAUGAUAAUAUAAUGUUCUGAUAUUUAUCACCGAGUUCAUGAACAAUAGAGUAGGUCUACUCACUAGAUCCCAACAACAAGCAAAUAUCCACUUGAUGGAAUCAAAUUCACUCGUUAAUAAUUGUGAGUUGUUGGUCAGCACAAUGCUAUCACUCUAAGUUCAGUAUGUGCAAACUUAACAGGUAUUAUGUGUAUAUAUAUUUAGACAUGUUUCUAAAAAGCUAAUUAUUUCUGUAUUGCUAGCUGGAGAGUCUUGCUUGUAUAAAGCAGCAUUAUUCAUUAUUUUGAGAACCACAAUAAGCAGGGAAAAUACUGUGGUAAAUGUAUAUGGAUGGGUUUUUUUAUCAUUUCCCAUUGAUUUGCAUAGUAAGUAUCAGGGGACCCAAGUUGAAAGAAAUCUGGGAUAUAUGUUUAAGUGAGCUUUCUUACCUCAUCAAAUUUUAUUUUGCUGCACAUCGACACUGAUUUUUGUGAGACAAUUGAUAAGAAAAUUGUAAUAAAGUAGUCAAAACA